UGAACCAGAUCGUCUCGCUCGCGAGGGCACUUUAUACACGCGUCGCAGCCACGCGUCUCUCCUCUACUCCAUCUCACUCCCCCUUAUUCAUCUAGCUUGCGCAGCCACGAGAGCGAAGUACUAGCGGGUCUUUACCAAGAGUGGGAUUACUGGUGUAUCGCUCUAUAAAACCCUUGUCAUAAUUUGCUUGGGUGUGUUUUUUAUCUUCUCUAUACUGCAGUAUUUGGAGACCCGUGCAUAAUACGUGGACAUCUUUCUCCGUGUGUAGCCACCUGCAGAACACCUGCAAGAUUCCAGCGCGGAAGAAUCAAGACUGUAUUUUGCGUCACAAUGUCUUGGAGUCAAUUGGAGGAAGAGUUUCAUUCCCGGGAAGGUUUGGAGGCUUGGUCAGCAGCUAUGGAGCAGCAGGCCGCCGCCAACGACAGACAUCGCGUACAGAAGAGACAGUUACACCGAACGAACUCUGUGGAAGAAGGGUCCAAUGAUGGUUCAGCUGAAGGGGAGUCUUCCACAGGAUCCAUUGCUGAGGAACCGGAGAGUAUAACAAAGCGCGCCAAAUCAACUCGUAAAACUGGCGGGAACCGGCGCAGGAAAAGUGGAAAUGCACGAGAGAGGAACACUCGCCGACUUGAAAGCAAUGAGCGAGAGCGCAUGCGCAUGCACUCUCUCAACGACGCCUUCCAGGAUUUGAGAAACACCAUACCCCACGUGACGUGCCAGAGAAAACUCUCAAAAAUUGAAACUCUGACCCUAGCCAAGAACUACAUAGAAGCACUUUCAGAUACCGUAGUCAAGUUGAAAUCAGAUCUGGAUGACAUACAGUCUCUGUACGGCUUAAGUAAAGACGUAGACUCUAACAUGAACAUAGUCCCCAAAAAAGACAUCAUCUUGAACGAUGCAACCGACAUGGAAGACUUACAGCUGAAAUUCUAACAUCAGAGUUUUGGCGGGAAUCACGUCCGUCUGAUCGGAAACUAAACGUCCAGCCAGCGUUAAUUGGAUCUAUAUUAUUGAGCGAGCCUGAUGGGAAGAGAUCUUCCGUACAUCCGACAAGCCCCUCUUGGCUCUCGCCUUAAAUCCUGUCGGGUCACACACAAGAUGGUUUAUGUCUUGCAUUGCAUUAUUCCAAUGCUUGAAGCUGUUUUUGAAGACGGGCAUAUCAAGUGAGUGACAUGUUAACCGCUCAGAGAGGCUGUGGAGAAUAAGGGACAGGUAUAACACGAGCUGAUGAUGAUGUUGAUGUACUCAGGUGCAAACAAAACUCUCUUCCAUGAAAACCGCAGCCACAAUGACAAACUUGGCUUUGAAUUUAAGCAAGUCGUGUCUUCGGGAAUAGCGCCGGCCUCUGUGUAUUCUGUACACGUUUUCCUCAUUUUUGCACGAGGACCUGAUGAAAUAAACUAUAUUUUUACAUAAAAAAAUGAAUUGGACAAAAUGUAAAUUAUAAGAUGAUGCAGAGGGUUCUGAUUUCCGAGAGAAUAAUUUUAGAAGCCUUUUGUUUUUAACAGUGCCACAAUAUGAACUCUCAAAAUUCUGGUGUCGACCGGGUUAAAUUUCAUCAAUUAACACAACGCCGUGCAUGUAUAGUAAUGUAAUGCCGCAAACAGUUGUAGACUGCAUAGAAUAUGAUGUACAACAGACGACUGUUACCAGUAGUUCCUCCUACACCGUUGAUGUGUUAUUGUCAUCCCUCCAACCUUCAAUCCGUCGUUGAAGAUAGAUCCCUGACGCAUCAGAUCUCCUUGAAUGUGCUCGGCGAUGCUGCCUGCAUUUGAAGCUCUUUUGUAUCGCAGGCCAGCUAUCUCAACUUACCCCGCCGGAAGGUGUUCAGACAGCGAGCAAAGAAAAACAAAAGACAAGGGAAAUGUCAGGCCUGUCAAACACGGGCAUAUGGGAAACACAAGAAAAACCCGUUAAAAGGUUGAGUUUCUCGCUCAGUAAGCUUAAGCACCUUUGAGAUAAUCGUAUCAUCACAAGAAGCUGAUAAAAUAACCCGAGCCAAAAAACCAACUGAGCGUAAAGCGCACUGUGCUUCUUAUGUUUAUUAUAUAUUAAUGAACAUUGUGGGUGUUUUCAGUGGCUUGCAUACUCGUUUCGUUUCAAGGGCCAGCAGAGAGCUAUUUCAAGCAAGGUUUUCAAUGCACGACCUAUCCCGAUGCAAUUUAUACACGAAGCAUAAAUAAAUGGUCCGCGGAACGCAUUCGUGCCGACCAAUAGUUACUAGAUAUAAGUAACAGUCACCGCUCAGCGGCUAGCUGCUGCUUCAAUUAACACAGUACCAAAUAUAACUGUGCAUCUUAACUCAGUAUAAGAGUGUUCAUUUACAAUGACACAUUAAAGUCUAAGUUAGACCAAAUGGGUUUGGUGGUUUAGCCACAGCGACAUGUUAUAACUCACAUUAUAUUUUGACUAUUAUGCCCUAAAUUUACAAUUUAUUUGACUGGCCAAUACCAAUAAUAAGUUAUGUUGGUACGGGAAACCGACGAAGUCAUAUGCAAUUCAUUCAGUUGGGCUUGAAUUUUUAACCAAUCUUGUAAUUAUUAUAACAACUGUACAUUCCUACGGAGAAUGAUUUAAUUCAAUCUUGUUUGUUUAUUUUCCUUUUUGUUCAAACUUUUUGGGACAAUUUGAUUGUACGUAAGUUAAUCAACGUAUUUAUUGACCGCCUCGCUGUCGGAAAGCGCUCGGUGGUUAACCGUUUGAUUUGAAACACGUUAUUUAUUCAGGCGUUUUAUUGGUACACACGAUUUCCGCUAAGCAAAGUUUGUCCUGUUUAUUAAUGAAAUAAGCGACGAUGUCUUCCGUUCAAGUAAUGGUGAACCAUGACUUCUUACAUUUUAGAAAAGAAAAAACUGACCACGGACCAAAAUAAGUAAUUGUCUCACAUUUAAUGCGUCUGUUAAUGAUCAUGUUUUCUGUCAGCCCUAAUCAUUGUGAUGUACACUUGUCAUUAGUAAAAAAGAAGCAUGAAAUGUAGAUUGUUUUUUCUCCAUACGAUUUUUCAGUGGGAGGACUAGCUGUUUAAAGAAGCGAGUCUAACUGUCUAUAAUUAGAAUUUUCAAGGAACGCAAGUCAGUUUGGUUUGUCACUGUGAAAUCAAAUCAAGUCUAAUUCACAUCAUUGGAGUGGAAAUUACAAAUCAAUUAUGUGUAAACGGUUAGUGCCUUUGUUUUAUGAGCUAGAUUCAAUGGAAAGAUAUAAACUAGCUUUCUAUUUAUUGGUUUAUGUCUAGUCUCAAAGUGUUUUAACUCAGACAAAAUGUAAAUUAUUUUUAAAAUAGUAACCACCAAGAGUUACUUACCUGUAUAGAAUUAGAUAUAUGUUUAUUGUAUUUCAUAGCUGUUCUAAAAAGUACACUUACAUUAAACUUUUCAAAUAAAAUAACGCCAUACAAGCGAUUUGUCAUUGAAAA